GAAAUAAGAGGGAAUCACGUGUGCCGGGCGAGAGAGGCUGGAAAGAGAGGGCUGCUGUGGCUAGGUGGUGGGUAAAGGCGGCCGUGUGCCGAACGGGGUUGAAACGAUAGGGAUGCUGUGGGCAGAGAGCGGUUUCAGUCGCGCGACGGCUCUCGUCCCGGCCAGUCGAUCGAGCUCCCACACAGCCGAGCUUGCUCCGCGUUCGAGCCGCGGCGAUGUUGCCUCCGUCGACGAUCCACCGUCGUCGCCUCGUGAUCCGUUUUCUGUGACCGUGUGUGAUCAAUCAGUGGACCCGAUCAGUGUUCUCGCAACAGAUCCUUUUAAUUCGACCUUUUCUCUAUCCCUUAUCCUUUUUCACUGUUGAUCCCCUAUUUCCCAGGGAGCAAAGGCCGCUAGCAACCACCUGUGCGGGGCCACUCUCCAGGGGAAAUUUUCUGGACACCGAGUCUUCUCCUGAGAAUCCACUGAUCGCUGAUUUCAUGGGAUGGCAACAAGAAUGCAGCCUUUCGGAUUUAGCCAGCAUUCGCACCAGUCUGGGCCGCCUCUGUACCAGUGAUCGAGGGGAAAUCGACUCGCGGGAGUCCCGUUGUUUAUUGUCCUGGGGUUUCUAGGCCGCCCAAGAAGGGCACCUAACUGCAAGGGCGAGGGAAUCGCGUGUCUGCCAGCCCCCGAGCGUCUUAAACACGGCUGUAUUCUUGAACUCUCGACGAUACGUUGACCCUCUUCCGCGCCGAGCGUCGAGUGUCUGCAACACGUUGCUUAAAAGGAUUUCCCUCGGAAGAUCGCUGCCCCUGGUCAUCGGCGAAGCCUGAAAAACCAGAAACAACAGCCGGAUCGCAGGAUGUUCCCCGAACGCGAUCGAUCGAUCCACGAAAGGUCGCCGGGUUCAAGACCGGGUUAAAUAGGAAUCACCGGAACGAUCUGGACCGAUAACCCACCCCUUAUUAAUCACUAGGUGGAGAGGGUCGGAAUAGGGGAUCAGUGAAAUGCACGGUCUGCCGUGAAAAUGCUGAUCGACGAUCGCGGCAGCGGCAUGGGGUGGACCUCGGCCAGCGUCCGCGGGGGUUGGUCCACCCCGGGCGGAUGCAGAAAUUCCGCGAUGAGCUUCGGGGGCAGCGUGCCCUCGCUGCACCCGGCCGGUUCGAUAAGAUCGCUACGAUCCCAGCAUUCUAUGCAGGGCGUGCCGGAGACACCGCGAAGAUGCAUGCACUGCCACCCGGUACACGUGCCGAGCACCCCGAGCAAUUACGUGCCCCACCCUAUGCAGUACUACACGCCGAGCCACUGCCGCGAGCCCCGGAACACCGUCUACACCCCCCAUCGGGGCAGCUCUUAUCACGGCGAUCCUCGGGUGCGUUACCUGGAUUCCGAAGGCAGCAUCGCUGACAACAAUAACUGGAUGCUCGGGAACCUGUCGACUUUCCCGCGAUGCGUGCCGGCAUUUCCUCGAGCCGACAUAGACGAUGUCGGCACGCGGACGCAUUUCUACCCAGACGGCGGCUGGGGGUGGCUAGUCUGCGCAGCCGGGUUCCUCGCCCUGUUGCUCACCACCGGAAUGCAGCUCGCUUUCGGGCUUCUUCAUGUUCACGCUGCGCGACACUUCGGCAAGGAACAUCUCAUGGACCUGGCGUGGGCGGGCGCGUUGAGUGCUGCGGUUUCCCGUGGUUCAGCGCCGCUGGUCGUCUGUGCGUGUCGCCGAGGAAAUACAAGGGUUACGGCGGUGAUUGGCGGUCUCGUGCUGGCAUUGGCCUCGCUCGUCACCUCGUUCACUGUCGAACUGCACCAAGUGCUCCUCAGCUACGGUCUGGUGUUGGGCACUGGUGCCGGCCUCGUAAGGGAGACAGCCGGCGUGGUGCUGGGCCAUUACUUCAGGAAACGACGAGAGUUCGUCGAGAUGGUGGUGCAGGCUGGCGCUGGCGUCGGGAUAGUGCUCUUCAGCGUCUUCUACAGAGAGGCGGUCGGAAAGCUGGGCUGGAAACGGGGUAUGCAGUCCGUGACCGGUGCGCUGUCGCUGGCCUUCUUCCUCGGCUUGAUCUACAAGAGCGCUUCCGUCUAUCAUCCCCAGCGACGCGUCAUGCUGCACAUGAAGAGUCAACGGAGCAAAUUGAAGGAAAGGAGGAAGGUGCCACCCAGGCAGCCGUGGGUUGAUCUCAGCCCACUGAGAAGCCGCCCCGUCAGGAUGUUAAUGUUGGCCGCGGGAGCCGCUGGAUUUGGUCUCUACACUCCUGCCUUUUACAUCGCUGGACAUGGGCACCAGGAUGGUUUGGAGGCGAGCGCUGUGGUGUUACUGCAGACUUGUUUGGGCUUGGCAGCAGCUCUCGGUUGCGCGACUUGGGGAGUCGUUACUGCCAGGCCAUCUGCUCAGUGUCUGGUGUCCAGACAGUAUCUCUGCCAAGCAGCGCUUCUAGGAGUUGCAAUAGCACAGGUGGCGUUGGGUAGUGUGCAGGGUUACCACGGGCUUUUCCUAGUGUCCGGUCUCUACGGUGCUUCCCUCGGUGGCGCCCUUUACUCUCUGAAAAUGCUGGCCCUCGAAAGACUGAGGGCGAGACACUUCGCACGGGCCUGGGCUCUCGUGCAGGCCGCGGAGGCUCUACCUAUUCUUCUCGGAGUUCCUCUAACCGGUUACAUGAACGCGUACAUACCAAGGGUGGGUUACUACGCGUGCACGUUAAGUUCCUUGUGCGGUGCAGCAUUGCUCUUCCUGGUCGGAUCCGGCCAGCAGCCAGCAUCACCGACAGUGCUACCGGACCCGCACAUCUCCACUACAGCUGUCCCGCCACCUCGCACUUGCCCGCCGCCGCCAAGGCCCAGGCUGCCCAAGUCCCAGUCCCUCCACGUGCCACUGGACAUCGACGACAACCUGCGCGAGAGGGACAUCGACAGGAUGCACACUGCCGAACACUACUACCAGCCGCAGUUCUACGGUCCCCUCAGACCCAGCAAAAGCGUUCCUGAGGGUUUAAGCCAUCACGACUCGUACAGGAGCAGACCAAGGCGCCAUCGUGACGUCACCGUGAUCGAGCAGAUUACCACCAGCGUUUAAAAUCUUAUAUACUCGUACUGGAGGAAUCUGUUUUUGAAUUUCGAGCAGGAAGCUCUUUGAUGGAGAUCGAGCUUGAGGCUCAGUUGGAUCUGAGGGUCCUUAGGAAUUUUAGGGGACAUGGAUGAUGGAGGACGAGGUUAGAUUUUGGGCAUUGGGUUUGGGUUUGAUAUAAUGAGGAUUUUGGGAGUUUAUAAUAGAUGGGAAUAGGAUUUGUGGUACAAGAAGUGACUGUUUGGUUAGUGUAUUUUUAUUAAAUUGUGGAAAUAUUAGUAAUUUGGAGUAUUUGAUUAUGUGAUAUUUGAAUUACUUUAUAUUUGAGGUGGAAAUUAGGAUAUGGGAAAUAGGCUUCUAGUUAAUUGUUCUAUCUGAUUACAAUUUUCCUGUGCAAUUAGUAAAAUAUACAUUGUUCAGGAACAAUGUGUUUGUUUAAAUUAGCUUAUGAAAAUUUUUAACGCGAGAACCGAGGUUCGAUUCAAUUGUGUUUUUAAUUAAGCCAGAAUCGGGCGAGACUUUGUUCGGUUCGGUCUCAUUAAAAUCACCGAAAAACAAAAGAAGUUUAUUGCAUUCCGUCAACCUAUAUUUCAUUGUUUUCCACGUUCAUCGAAGUUAUAAACGAGUAACGAUCCGCGGCGGGUUUAAUAUAUGAAAAGGCGCGCGACAUUCACAAUGGGGAACGGCGGAAGUGUUGUCGAGGGCCAAAAGAGUAUCCGCGGGUUUUCAUUAACACUAGCACUUCCAGACUACCCUUUGAAGAUUACUAUUUUAUAAUUAUUAAAAUUGUGCGUUGAGACGCUUCAUUAAAAUCUGAAAUCUAAAAUCAACUUUUGUAUUUUCACGGAUACAGCAAUGGAAGGUACCUCAGAACUCGACAAAUAUAAUUCACUUUAAUUUUAAUUCUUCAAUUUAUCCAAGAAAUAAUUACAUUACAAUUAACAACAUUACCAAUCAAUAAAAUUACCACCCUGUCACUUUAUUUGUUCGGUAGUUCUAGUGUCAAAAAUAGACAUAAACAAACGAAGCAUGCGAAUUCAAUUUAAAAUUCUCAUCGCGAAUCUGACACAAUAUUAUUGGGAAAAAGGUUAAAUCGGAUAAUCGAAGCUUCAUCAUAUUUAUAUUAUUAUAUUUAUAGUAAGUCAGGGAAAGAUGGCCCACUUUUUUUAAAAAAACGUCAUAAUCAUGUUUAUUCAUUUAGAUUACGGAAAUUAGUUUAAAGAUAAACAAUUAAAAUACACAUUUGCGUUAUUGGAAUCAAUCAGAAUUGUCUUAAACAUUAAUUAAAUAAUGUUCAUGAAAUUCAAUGCUUGUCAAAUUGACGCGUUCCGUAAACCUGGUGUUAAUACCUUACAAAAAGGAACCACAUUCAUGAAAAUAAAUACAUAUAAAAAGAACAAUUAAAUAAAAAUCUGUGCAAGGUUCAGUAUACCUCUAAAAAGCGAUUGAAAAUACAGACACUUAACAAUCUAAACAAAACGGGGCCAUCUAUCCUGUAAUUACCUACACGAUUAUCUAUUAUAUUAACGUUAUUCUAUUAUAUUGUGAAGCGUUUAUAGAUCGAUUGCCACGGUUCUUUCGGAGAUCGGUUCUGAUCGUUAUUCCAAAAUUCGCCGCGAUCGGAUCCUCGGCGCGCGCAAUAUCCGUGGACAAUACGGCGGCAGCUAUUAUCGCGAGACACGGCAUUCAGGAUACUCCGCGUGGAUGGCUGACACCGAAAUCGCGCGUCAUCGGAAAUUCGAUUGGACCGGGAUCCCGGGGCAGGCCUGGCCAGGUGACGCGUGUCAACACCAUCGAGCCUCGUAUAAGAUUACCGCUCGGUCAAACCACGGUGAUUGCGUUCGGCCGCCGGUAAAUUUCGCGUUUCGAGGUGGCCUGCUGCUGCUGUUUGCUCGCGAGCCUCGCCGACGAUGAAUAUCUCAGCCGCGAUUGAAAAUUUUAACACUAAAACUACCGAGCAGUUAAAUUGAAAUUCUUCUAUAGAAACUUCAAGAGCGCAUCUAUUGAGACUUUAAUUGAUUUAUAAUUCAAUUAACGUAUUGCUAAAUCAAUUUGUAUAAUUAUUUUCUAGAAGAACACCUAUUGUUUUUAUAAUAGUUGCAAAAUGAAGCAAUCAGGAAUGGAUCAUUUUUGACCCGUCUUGUAAGUUUAGUGUUGAAUUUGAUUUAAAAGUCUGUAGCUUAUUUCUCAUAUCAAUUCUUAUAUUGCGCAAUUAAUCAGUUUUUCGAUUUUUGUCUUUCCUUUUGUUUCUGUUUCCGUUAAAACAAUUUAUCGUUGAUAUUUUAAAUUUAUUUUAUCGUAUUAUUUUGAAUAAAUUCACCAUCCGACGUAUCAGAAACGUAGCUACCUCUUUUGUUUUCCUUUAGAAAGAUAUCUGUCUCGAAGGAGGUUAAACAGGGAUCAAUUUUUUGAAGUUUCUGAAUCGGAUGGGUGUACAAAAUGAAAUUGGACUUUGAGAUUCGGUUGAUUGUUAAUGUUUUGUUUGUCAUGGAAUUCUUGGAAUUUUCGUUGAUGGGUUUAAUAGGAAAUUGGGUUUCGAGAUCGGGUUAAUUGUUAACUGAUUGAGUUUAGUUGGAAUGAAUAUUGAUAAUAGUUAUCUUGAAGAUUGAAAGUGCUUUGUUGUGAUCUUAGAUGUUUCUGUUUUGUAAUUUAACUUUUUUAUGAUUUUCUAAUUCAACUCCAUUACUAUUCUAUGAUUGAGCUUUUUUGUUAUUUUGUGAUUUAAUUUCCUUAUUAUUCUUCUAUAAUAGAUUUAUUGUUUUAUAUAUUUUUCUUCUAUUGUUUUAUAUUUUAACUUUCUUAUUACUUUAUAAUCAAGCAUUUUUACCAUUCACAUUUUUACUAUUUCCCUUUUUUACUAUUUUACUAUAUGUAAUAUAGAGACUUAAUUGGAUAAAACUCGUUAAUUGACUGGAGCCUGAACGAUGCCGGAACAGAUAUCAAACGUAGAUGUGUUAUGUAAGUUAAUAAUAAUACAGUGUUCGGAAGGGGCGAUAUUGUUAAUAAAAGCUGUCGAUGAUAGGCAGAACGACUCGCAUAAAUCAAAACGCAGAAUGGGAUAUACUUUAGGGAAAUGAAUCUCAGACUGUUGAAGUAUCGUUAAGAGGAUUAAUGAACUUCGCCAAUCGAUGGCGGAGGCGAUGGUAUUAGUGUGUACGUAAACGGAAUUUAUAUAGUUUAUCUACAAUUAAAUUAUCAGAGUAAGUUAGGGAAAUACUUAUCCGUGUUAAUAGUUUCUUAGGUACAAUAUUACUGCGAGGGAAAUAUCGAUCUAUUCUCCAUGAACUGUUACAAUUAAUUCUCUACUAAUCAAUUUAUCCAAUCAGCUCCAUUACAUCAAUAUAAACUGAAACCUUUUAACUUCAAUCUUUCCAGAUUCCCUGUAUGUUCACCUUCUUUAAACUAUCAACCAAAAUUUUCAUUUUAUUUUCUUCGAUACAAGAUUAAUUAUUCUUUUGUAUUAUUUCAUUCUUAAUAAAUUACAGAUUUUAUACUUCGAUAAUUGGAAAGUAAUAAUAUAGUAAGACACUUUGUUUAAAACUUCCCUUUAGCGAAAAUAUGGAUGUUUCACUUUACAAAUCAUCAGUCUUACGAAAUCAACCUAUAACGAUGAAAAUUGACAGAAAUCUUUAUGGUUCAAUUGUGAAUCGUAGGUCAUGGAUCGAUACUUCCCUCCCGUGCGUGUUCACGAAAUAAAGUAACACCUUAGGACACUAAUGAGAACGCGAAAGAAAAGUGAAGGUAUAGAUCGACGGCGUGGGAAAAGUUAAGUUUCUAGAGUGAGAAUGAUAUAUCGAAACAAAAAAGAAAAAUGAAAAAAUGAACGGAGCUGGUCUCCGGAGAUUGCCAACACGAGUCGCUAGUCGAAAGUUCGUUUACGUCUAAGGUGCAGUAGAGAACCUCGAAAGUAAGUACAACUUAGGAACAAUUACGCAUAUUAUACCGGGAAGAGAAUCAAAGAGUGCGAGCGAACAAAAGAAAUGGAGAUCAAACAUUGACACUAGAACUACCACACAGGUGAAAAUGACCAAUUCCUGGUUUCUUCUUCUUGCAAUUAUUGGAAAGGUAAAACAAAUCAUUCUCUGAGAAAUUACUAAAGAAACUGAUUUAGCAGAACGGAAACUGAAUUAUAAAUCAAUAGAAAUCUCAAUAAAUGUUUGAAAUUUCUAUGGAAAAAUGUUCAGAGGUCAAUUUGACUGCUAGAUAGUUCUAGUGUUAAGUGACCGAGCACACACGGUCGAAACGAUCUUAUCUAGUCGACGAAUUUUUUCUGUAUCUCGUAUGUAUUUAUAUCUGGAAGCUCAAUUGUUGUCCCUGCUAGAGGGACAAUCGUCGUUUCGAAUUCCAAAAAAGAAAAACAGAAAAAAAUGAGGUAUAGACUCCAGAAGCUUCGGAGAAAAAUUGUACACCCUGCAGCAACAAGUAUUCUACCCUUAGCUGAUUAAAGGUUCACCAGGAUUCUGAUAGUACUUGCAAUUCGAAUUAUCGUCUAAGGAUCGACUGGACACUUGGGUCGGUAUUAACCUUUGAUUGGUGUUGAGCAUUUAUUAUUAAUUAUAAGGUUACAAUUAAUGAUAAUUAAUUCGUUAGUUUUGGCAAUUGGUUUAAUUACACUUAUGCGAUUAAGUGUAGUUAAUUGUAGUAAUUAUUAUUUCUUGAUAUAAUAACUUUGUUCAUUGAAACAAGGGAAUAGAAAAAUAUUCCAUGGACACUGGAUCCACCAUCUUGAUUUUCACGAUAACAUGAAUUGUCUAUUUUCCCGAACUUCUUUUCAUUUCUGGAUCCGCCAUCUUGAUUUCCACGUUAACCUGAAUUUUCAAAGUGGCACGUCUUCUGUACAAUUGUUUUCCAACUAAAUCGACCAUUUUGAUUUUCACGAUUUUUUCACUGCAAAAUAUUGAAAAAUCGAACGAACUCUCAAAAAAAAGAACAAGAUCUUCUCACGAACACACAGCACCAAUUAAACGUUACACUCUAUUCCUAUUAGCAAGUAAAAAGAGAGAAAGCAUCAACCGAAGACUUUGAUACGGUAACACACUCAUCAAAACGGUAAAUGAUUAGUACCUGAAUAUUAAAUGUUCUAGGUUUACACGACUAUUAACCGCGCGAGGAUCAUUUGAUUGUCACCGAAGAUCGUUUUUACAUGAUAGAUUUUAUUGCGAACCGCUGCGUCGCGGCGUACGAAGCCUCCCGAUCGAUUCUCGAAGAAAAGGAUUCCUGUUAAGGACGAAAGGAUCUAGCGAGACUGUGAACUUAUGAAACUUUGCGAACAAGAUCCGCUUUUUUAGUCGUUUCUACAGACACCUCUGCUAUUCACUGUCGCUCAACCUUUCAACUGUGUAUUCGCCAAACGUGAUCGAAAUUCGAGACGAAUUGAAUUAACACUGAAACUACCGCACCCGUCAAGAUGGCGGGUUUCAAUUUUCUUAUUUCGCAGGUAUUGAUAUCUCGAAAGUGAUAAACAUUUGCAAUGAUUUGUAAAAUAAAUAAUUUCACUUCAAUACUAUAAUGAAUAUAUGAAGAUAUCGGAAGAAAUCUAUUGUUACAAUUUUUAUAAGGAUUACGUAUUGAUGAAUGAAAUGCUCGGUAGUUUUAGUGUUAAUGUAGCGAAUGCUGUACAAUGGGUCGUAUGCAUGAACAAUAAAUUACAAGUUUUCACUAAGUAUUUUGGAAGUAAACACUUGGUUCUAUGUGCAUAAGGAAUGAAGUAUUUAUUGGAAACAAGUAUUUGUUGAACUUGUUUGAUAAAUGAAAAUAAAAUUUAAGUUUGUGUACAUAACAUUUGGUAUUAACCUCUCAGGCACGGCUGAAUUUUGCGCGAGGCUGUUUCUCUGUACGGCAGAGUUCAACACGAAUUACGUGUAAACGAUACAGCACUACCAUGUGUGCUGUUCUCCACGCGAGUACAUUGGAAUAAAGUUUUUGAUGAUUAAAUUAUAAUUUUUCUUAAAGAUAUGAUACACAUAAUUUAACUUUAACAAUUAACUUUAAUAAUUAAUAAUACAAUUGGGUAUGUAACAUAUAAACCUACAUCACAAUCUUCACACUCGUAGCGCGAUCUUCGUCUUAUAUCGUUCUUUGAACAUACGAUACAAUUUCGUAACGUUGCUUUAGAUGUUUCGGACUUACAAUACGACGGAAAAUGUUUUUCGGAUAGUCUGAAUGAUAGUCUAUAGUGGCGCGUCGUACCUAAGAGGUUAACUAGACACAUCAAGUAAAUAGUACUGUAAUUUGAAAUAUACCACUCGUCUGUCGUAAUUUUUAUAAAUAUUUACGAAUAUUUUUGAAUAUUUUUAUUUAUGAAUAUUAUAUUUAUGAAUAUUUUUAUGAAUAUCUAGUACUACAGUAAAAUUAAAUAAAUCUAUCAUUUGGUAUUACUCAUGCUCAAUACUUCAUUAGAAUUAGUUAAAUUGAAUUAAUUAUUAGAUAAUAUUUAUAUUUAGAUAAUAUAAUAUUAAUUAUUAGAUAAUUAAUUAUUUUCCAAUGAUUAACUUUCGUUUUUAUCGGAACUUUAUUUUAACGUUGUAUGCUACAACAAAUUCUCUGUUUAAUGUCAUCAUGCUAAUAUCGUGAUGUUAACAAUCCUCCACAUUGUGUGCAAUUAAAUAAUAUCCACAUACGACCCAAUGAUACACUUCCAUAUUGCACGGUUUGUACCGGACAUUACAAUUCCAUGAAACAGAAAAAUCCCCUAUCGUAUGAGCACGAAAACGAAGUACUAUCGACAAACGAAACUGAAUUUCAACGACGUUCCCAGUUAAGAGGUUAAAUCAAUGCUACAUUGUUCGAACUUACCCGGACAUCGUCCUGUUAAUUGCUUCGUAAUGAUUCGCAUUAAGAAUGCAUGGAAACAGUCCGAAGUUGAAACUUCCAGAACCUCCUUUGAAAUGUACAACCCUUGGACAGCGAAUUUUAUGCAUUUAUGUAAAUAGUGCAUAGAAUAUGCAUCAGAGAAAUGGGCACAGGAAUUUCAGAAUUUUAUCAAAAUUCUUAAGAUACGAAGUCAAUUUAUGCAAAGUACCGACUCUAAACUCCAAUUUCUUUCGAUUCCUACAAGUUAUCUCUCUAUUUAAUUACUAUAUAUACACAUAAUUAUAUAAUUAUUCAAUAUUUAUUUAAGACACUUUAAGAAAUGUUUAUUUUGUAUAAAAAUUCGCUGUCUAAACUCACGUUUCGACAAAUUCCCUUUUAUAUCCCAUUCUCGAUGUAGAUCUGAUUUCUAAGAUGAAUGUUCGGAGGAUUCAUUUGCUCGCUCGUGAAACCAAAAUGGCGGCGAGGGGCGCUCUUUGAACGAUGAAUGUCCGGUAACUUUAUUUCUACGCGCCUUGGAGCUAUUGAACUAUUGGAAGCCAUUGAAACUAGAAAAGCACAAGAAUUCAAAGUUACAGGAUGUUCGUUUACCUCGCAGCCGUUUAAAACACUUCGAAAGUUACUCGAAGCACUUCUGUAAUCGUUUAAUCGUGUAAAUCGUAGAUUCCCAGAAGCGGAAGUUCCGCUCGACGGAAACGGAGGCGAACGAACGCGAUUCGUUUCGAAUUCUUCAUUCCUCUCUGUGGUGAAUUGUUUGUAUACUGCCAAUUUUUAUAGGACACCGCAUAUAAUAAUGUUUCAAACACAAACACACAUACACAUACAGACACAGAAACGAAUAUACAUACACCAAGAGUCACAUAUUUCAGUGUAAACCCGAGUGUGCGAACAGGCGACCCAAGAACCAACAAUGCUUGCUCGUUAACGGGGUUAGUCCUUCACACUUUGAUAAUUGUUCUUUGGGAGUUUCCGUCAGAAGCAGCAGGAAGGUAAUGGAAAAUCGUGGUGUUUCAUAUUCUUAUAUGAAAAGCGUGUAUUAUUUGUGAGUCGAAAGGUUAAAUACCAUUGUUUUACUUUGCAAUUCGAAUUUUAAUAUUGUCGAAUUCUAAUAUUAAAAAAAUGAAUCGAAUUAAAUAGGAACUAUGCAUCGAUUUCGAAGAGAAAUAUUAAUCCAUCUUUCAAAUUUAGACUUAAAAACCAUCUUUAAAUCUCAAUUAAAAAAUUCAAUGUCUAAUCAAAUUGAAAUUUGAAAUUUGAAGUUUGAAAUUUUAACCGUAAUUUUUUUUUUUAAUAAUUCCGUGAUUACUAGCAAUGGUGCCAAUAAAAGGGUUUCCAAAGCAAGGAGAUCGCAAAAAAAUCGAGGUUUCUACAAAAACGGCAUCCACCGAACACAACGCUCGAAUGCAUUCUCAUCGAAAAACACUGAACUCUCAAUUUCCAUGUAAACUGCGAAUCCCCGCACAAAUUCAAUAAUUUCCAGAGCAAAAUUAAAAGAGAAGUCCCCUCGGAAACUUCAACAAACGACACAUAAAAUAUUAAAACCGUUCGAUCCUUCCUUCGUUUCGCAUUACAGAAUUUCCAUUGGAACCGCCUAAGACUUGAUGAAUCACGAUCUAUUUGAUUAUCAAUGAACAAAAGAUGUAUGCUUAAAAAGAUGUGAACGACGGGCGAAGGUAAAGCGACAUUUUGAAAACACGGCGAGCGAAGAUUGAAACUUCCGGCGGAAGCGUCGCUGAGCCAAGACUGUUGACUUCGAACUGUUCUAUAGAAUCGUAUUAAACUUUUCGUAGGAGAAACGGAGGCUGAGCUUUACAGGACGUAUUUGCACAAUCACAAAUAGACUUCGAAACGGAAAGUCAUUUCAACAUCGACACUCCCUCUCCCCUCUCCCCUCUCCCCAUCCCACAACCUGCUCCCGAGAAUCUCUGUUAGAUGUAUUUCGAGAAAUCUCUGAUAUGUAUACAAUUAUAUAUAUAUUAUAUAUAUACAUGUAUAUAUAACGAUAUAUACAUACCGAUUCGUGAACAAAGCUUCUUGUAAACAUUUACGAUCAUUUUCUUCGCCUUGUAAAUACGUAUACAAGGUAACUCCCCCCCUCAUCCCCGAUUUAUGAAACGUUGAGCAUUUUGUAAAGUUUUAUAAAUAGUUCUAUGUAGUUGAACAG